AACACACAGAUUCUGUUCCCUUGUCUCCCUUCCUCGCACUGGGCGGCGAAAGACUGACCCAUUCAUGCCCGAGACCGGCCUGGGCUCCGAAGGAUUGGUUAUCCAAGAGUGCAUGACGAUCAGUAGAAUUGACGGUCCUGGCUACGCAAAUGGGGCUGGUAAAGGUUUGCGUUUGUCCUUGGACGAUGAGAAAACCAGCCUUUUACGGGGGGGCGAGGCGGGCGGGCCGAGCGCCAAACACGCAGAGGCACGGGAUAGCGACGACAAUGGAGGAAUAAACGGCGGAACGUUCACACAGAUCACUUCAACACCUUUGAUGGCGGAGGGACAAUCCUCGCACGGCCACCAAGCAGGGCAGCAUGCGGCCCGCAAACCCUCCAUUUCCAUCGUGGACGGCUACAACAGUCCCGUCCGUCGCGGGGGUUAUCGAAGCUACAUGGAAGUAGACGAGGAAGCAGCGGCCGGGUCUUUGAGCAGAAAUGGGUGGACAAGCGGAAAUAAUGGUGGGAUUAUCCACCGGUACGGAAGCGGGGAUGCUGGGAGCCAUGUUCCUCCUCAUGCUUGCCAGGAUCAUUGCGUGAUAGCCCGACGCGAAACCGAACAAGCAGAGCGCUUGAGUAACAAGGUUCGCUUUGCCGUGCACGCCUCCAUAUGUGCCAAUGUUCUCCUGUCCAUGGCAAGCGCGUACGCGGCCUUCCGGUCAGGGUCCUUGGCCGUGCUGGCCUCCCUCGUCGACACUCUCUUGGAUCUCAUCUCCCAAGUAGUGCUUUCGGUAGCGGAGCACGGGAUGCGGAAACCCUCCGACGAGCAUUAUCCAGCGGGUCGGUCUCGGAUAGAGCCUGUGGGUGUGAUCAUCGUCUCGGUCAUCAUGGGUGUGGCAGCCUUGGAACUGUUGCGGGCGUCGGUCGGGACCUUGGUGCUGGCCAUUGCCUAUGGGAAAUUACCGCACUUAGACAUGGAGCCGGUCACUGUUGGCAUUAUGGUCUGUGCGGUUGGCGUCAAACUCUCCCUCUACCUGUACUCGAGCACCCUCGCGGGCGUCAGCGGCACGGCCGAGGCGCUGGCGGAAGACCACAAGAACGACAUCAUGACCAACUCCUUCUCGGUCCUUUCCUCAACAGUGGCCCAUUAUUACCCCAAAGCCUGGUUCGUCGACCCCAUCGGCGCGAUCGUCAUCUCCUGCCUCAUUUUUUACAACUGGUUGCACGUAGGCAUGGACCACGCGUCCAAAAUCGUCGGUCUCUCCGCCCCUCCUGAGACCCUGGAACACAUCAGCGACCUGGCCGGGCAGCAUCACGCGCAGUUGGAGCUGGAUAUCAUCAGGGCUUAUCAUUUUGGACCGAAUUUUUUGGUGGAGUUGGAAGUUGUACUUCCUUGGGAUAUGAAUGUCAAAGAAGCGCACGACAUCGCGCUUGGGCUGCAGCAGAAGGUGGAGCAGCAAAGUUUCGUGGAACGGUGUUUUGUGCAUGUAGACUAUCAGGUGCGGGGUUACAAUGAACAUAAAAUAUAGGACGUGAGGGGUGUAGGGGAGUUGGGCGGGAGAAGAAAUGUACAUAGGCGAGGCGAAUGAAUGGCAGAGGGCUGUCGAGAAUCGCGUGGGGUGGAGGACACUAGUGAUGCAUGAUCUCGAUGAAAAGGGACGAAAAAUCAUGGAGCCGCAGUGUUUUCACACUUAGUGUCUGGUGGAACGUGACACGUAUAUUGAAACUUUUUCGUGGACAAUUAUGCACAAGUAAACACGACAAACAGACUGUGAAGGAGUUCAAAAAGUGCUUGCCA